AUGACUGAAAAAUACAAUUAGAUUACCUUUUGUGAAGGUUAAGAAUGUCCACAAAUUCGAUCUGAAUCCUAGGUGAUGUACUAACAAUUUUACUCAAUUUUAAACUAUCUAAAAAUACCAAAAACUGACCUACUUCUUGUGAAUACAGGAUAGUUGUUUGCUAAUAGCGUUUCUAAUACUGUCUCGAAUAUUGUGUAUUACUUAGAUCUUUCAAUAGUUUACCAAAAUGUAAUAAAUGUAGUUAAGCCUGAUUACACAAUUAUAAAAAUGGAAUACAUAGCAUAGACUAACAAGGUUCUAGUUCUAAACUUUUAAAAAUUAAUAUUAGCAGAUCCAUAUACACUUUAAGCCACUUCGCAUCUUGAAUUAUAAAGUUUAUUAGAAUUUGAAAUGAUAAAAGGCACUAACUAUGUUGUUGUUUCCUAACAAGUAUGCUAAAGCUUUAUUAUUGACUCAAUUCAGUUAAAGGUAGUCAAAAGUAUGGAUAGUUGUAGCAAAGGUCUUAAUCCAAUAUAUAAUAUAAUUUAUCCUAAAAGCUUUAUUAUUUCAAGUGGCUUAGUUUAGAUUUUCAUCAUGAAUUAAGUUAAUACAUAGCUAUGGUCAUUUAAUAUGAUUUCAACCAUAGUAUAAUUUACAGGAAUUCUACCAAAUCCACCCUCAUGUUCUUAUAACUGUUUCUCACAUUUUAGUAAGCAUGCUAUUUACGACCUGUUUUUUUUUAUUGGAACUUUAUAGUAAGCUACUCAAUUAUAUGUGUACUACUAUGAUUCUUAAUAAUAUACGCUUUUAAAUUCUACAGAUAUCCAGCUUAUGACAAAUUAAAAUUAAAGCAUUUUGAACAUCUAAUACAUCAAUUUUUAAGGUAGUGAUAGUCUUUUUGUGUCUGAUAUUAACUACAUUUAUAGAUUAGAUUUAUAAAUUGUAAUGGACUCUACAAAUAAAUAUAUUACUUAAGUUAAUUUCAGAAAUUUAGACUACAAAUAUAUAUCUAUAAAAGAUCAUUAAAAUAGAUUAUAGUUUACUACAUGGUAUUAUGCAGAAGAAAAUUAAGCUCUAAUUAUUCCUUUACACACAGGACCAGUAAUGGCAUAAUAUAGUAAUUAUAUUUACUAACUUUAAACAGACAACUUUGUAGAAUAUCAAUAUUACUAUAGUUAUGGGUUAAACAAAAUCUUUUAAGCAUAUUAUGAAGGAUAUAAAUACUAUGUUGUGUUAUCAUCAUAUUCACUUGAUAUAGUUACUACACUUAAUCCUACAUUUUAUAUUACAAAUUAAUAUAUAAACUAAGCUUUUUCAAGAAUAAACGCUAAUUCCAUUAUUGAAGUUAAAAAUUGUCCUCUUUGCUAUAUGGUUAUAGAAUAAUAGAAUUAUAUUUAGUUUUUCAAAGUCUUAGAUAAUCCUUUAACCUAUAAUAUGAGCUUAACAAGCAUAUUCCCAAAUUUCUAAUUUGAUCAAGUUUCUUUAAACUUCGAUUCUUAUUAUGAUGGAUCAUCAAAAUUAUGGGUAAUGUUAGGGACAUAGUUUUAUUAAUAGCCUCUGAACUACUUGUUCCUCAUGAUAGAUAUGUAUACAAGUUCAUUUACAAACUUACAGUCUGAUGACCCUAAAGAUAAUUUAAAAUAAACUUGUUAUGCUUUGUAUUCAGAUUCAAGUAAAUAAAUUGUUGGAAUCGAUGUGACUGGAACUGUUUAUGUUUGGAACUCAGCAAUUAUCACUUAGUUUUUAUUUAAAAAAUAAAUAAGUCAAUAUUUAUGCUUAAAUUCUCCAUAUGGUCAACUUUAUAAUAAUGUUUUAAAUAUGAUUUAUUUAUCAAUAAAUUAGGUUAUAUUUUCUAAUUUUGUGAUGUUAAAUUGUACAUUUGGUAGUUAAUUUAGUAUUUUGAGGUAAAUAAGCGAUGUUUAAGUCACUAUCUCUCAAGUAAACAUUACCAAUAGCAUUUGUGGAGACUAUUCCAAUCCAAUACUUGGAUCUCUUUUCUAAGCUAGUCAGUAUCAAGUAGCAAAUAUGUAGAUAGUGGGUAAUCAGUUCUGUAAUCACAAGAUAUUUUCUACUAUAAGCAGUUUGAGCUAAUAAAAUUUAUUCUUUUCAUUUGAAAGUAUUUAUAUUGCAAAUAACAAAUUUAAUAUAAGUGACUCUUAUCUACUCUUCAAUGCUAUUUACUACUUUAAUCUCUAACCUAUGCACACUUUAGUCUUGAAAAACAUAACAGCAACUUAAAAUUAAUAUUACCCUAAUAUAAAUGACCAAUAGUAACCAGAAAAUAAUUUAAGUACAACUUAACUUAUCUAAGUCAAUAAGUUAAAAAGUAUCACAAUAUCUAAUAUAACAUUAUAGAAUCACUUUGAAAUUGCAUUUUCUUCAAUAUCUUAAUCACAAAACGUGGAUAUUUACAAUGUUUCUUGCAUAAAUGAUUAGAAUUUUAUGUAAAAUAGAUAAACUAAUUAAUAUUCUGGCUGCCUCUAGUUUAAUGAUAUUUAAAAUUUUAAUCUAAAUCUAUUAAAUGCUAUAAACAUCUAAGCUGUAGACAAUUCAAUAUUAAGCGUUUAGAACUCAAACAGCUUUGAUAGCUUGAUUUCAUUGACCGAAAUAGAAAUUUCUAACUCAAAAUUUACAUAGAGUAAAGUAAAUUCCUACGUAAAUCCUAUUUUUAUAUCAUCGACUUCUUAUUCUAAAGUCACUUUAGAUUAAUCUUAUUUUCACGAUAAUGUGCUAUCUGGAUUACUGAACUCUUAAACUUUUUCAACCACAGCUAUUUAAGUCAUAAAUCCAUUAGGUGAUUUAUUUUUAUUGAAUAACUAAUUUAAAAGAUCCAAAUCAAAUUCUGUUUACAAUUUCCUUCAUGCAUAGAGCAAUAAUAUUCAAAUAAAUAAUUGCACAUUCUCUUAAUCUUCAUAUGAUUUAUCUGACUAGAAAACUCUGUUCCAGCAAUAAGGAGGGUGUGUAAGAGUAAAGUCUAACUAUCUGCAAUUAAAUGGAAGCUAGUUUUCAUAAUCUAUCUCAAGCAUAGGUUCAUUUUUAUUCAUAGAGCCUCUUAGUACUUAAUUAAAUAUAUCUAUGAAUUCCUCUUCAUUUUCUUAAGGUAUUUCUUUGAUUGACGGGUCUGCCUUUUUUAUAGAUUCAAAUAAUAUCAAUCUAAAUUUUACAAUGUUAAAUUGCAAUUUCACUGAUGUUUACCUACUUUCUGACUAAUCAUAUGCUAUUUCAUUAUAGUCUUAUGCAUAGGAUUAGCAAGGUUAGCUUAAUUAGAUUUACUUUAAGAAUAUCAUAAUAACUAACUUACUUGGUGGAGUAUACUCUGCUUUUAUCAAUCCAACAUAUACAAAUAUUACUACUGAAGGUCUUGUUUUAAUCUAAAUUGAUUAAAAAUAGAUACCAAGCUAAUUCACCUCAAAAAUUAAUCUUUAACAAACAGCUCUGAUAAAUGUUUAAAAUAGCAUAACAACAAUUGAUGAAUGCCUUUUUAACAAUAUAUAUUAGAUUAAUGAAUCUACUUCACCUCUUUUAAUAUCUUCAUUAUUAUCUAAUAUAACAAUAAAAAACUCUAAUAUUACCCAGUCUAACUUUACUUAAAGCAUUAUCGAUUUAGAUCAAGGAAAAUUAGUAAUACAAAAUACUAGAUUCCAAAAUUUAUUUUAAAUAAAUUCUCCAAGCAGAAUUCUAGAAUAAGCUUCUCAAAACUCCAACUAAAUAACUUAAUAGAAUUCUCUAAUAAGAUUAGCUAACUCAACUCUAUAAAUUAAUUAGAAUUCUAAUUUUAAUUAAAUAACUUGUAAUUACAAUUGCUAUGGAUCUGCGAUAUUUUUAAUUUAUUCAUCGUUCUAAAUUUAAGACUGUCAGAUCGAUAACUCUUAAGCAAAUUAUGGUGGAGCUAUUUCAGUGAUUGGAUUGAAUUCUGAUAAUAAUUUGAUUGAAAAUUCAUAAUUCUUAAACAAUAAAGCAACAAAUGAUGGAGGAGCUGUUUAUUUAUAAGCAAAUUAGAAUGAUAUCUAUAAGCUUUUAAUUUCUCAAAGCUAAUUCGCUUAUAAUAAUGCCUAACUUGGAUACGGAGGUGCAAUAUCCAUUAAAUCAACAGGAACUAAUUCUUAAAAAUAAUAAGUACAAUUUGUUAGCUCUGUAAUUAAGUAAAAUCAGGCAAAUAUAGGAGGGGGAAUUUAUAGUUUAGGAAUAAAACCUUCUAUCGAUUCUUUAUCUGUUUUAACAAGCAACAGUGCAAUUUAAUAUGGAGAUGACCAGUUUUCUUAUCCUACACUACUAUACUUGACAAAUUAAGAUAAUUUUAAACAGUAUUAUGAUCAAGUUAAAAACAUAAUUGUUUUAGAUGAUUUUAAAAGUGGUGGCACUCUUCCUAAUUUUAUAUUUCAACUAAGAGACAAAAGCUCUAAACCUAUUUAUCAACAAGAGUAAUAAUAAAUAUAAUCUUAUGUAUAAGUUAGCUCUAAGACUUAAUAAGCUGAUCACUAUUAAGUUAAAGGUAACACAACUGUAAGUAUGGACUAAUAAUAUAAAUUAUUUAAUUUCUCGAACCUUCAACUGACUGGUAUACCAGACUCUCAUUCUUAUUUUGAGUUCAGAUCUGAUUCGAUUAAAAUUUUUAAUGAGGCUACACAAACUUACAGCUAAGACUAUUCUUUUUUGAUUUAAGUUAAUUUCAGAAAAUGUAAAUAUGGUGAAAUCAUUAGUAAAUUUAAUAUUUUAUAAGAAUGUUAAAGUUGCGAAGGUGGAAAAUAUACGCUUGAUUUUAAUGGAUGCUAUCCUUGUCCAGAAGGUGGAACUUGUUAAGAUGGAAUAAUAUCUGUAAAUACUGGCUAUUGGAGAGAAGAAGAAUUCUCCGAUAAGUUAAUUUUGUGUGUAAAUAGAUAAGAAAACUGUGUAAAUCCUUCUUAUGGAGAUCAUAUUUGUGUUAAAGGAAAUAUAGGACCUCUGUGUGAAGAAUGUGAUAUUUUAGGAUAAUAUUGGGGGCAAAGCUACACAAGAAGUGAUAAAUACUAAUGUGUGUUGUGUAGAAGUCAAAAUGAAAAUCUUUGGAAAUUAUUGUUAAGUUUACUUUGGUUAUUGAUUUCUGUCUUUUUAACAGUCAGUAGUGAUAAAAAUAAUUAACAACAAAGAGUCCUUAUUAAUAUCUUCUAUGGAAACUCAACUUAUAAUUUAAAAAAUAGCAAAAAUAAGUUCUUAUUUUAAUAGAGAUCAAAAGUAUACAUUAAAAUAUUUACAAACUAUGUUUAAAUCGUUUCAGCAGCAGUCACAUUCAAUUUGAAUGUACAACAAUAAAUAAUUGAAGUAGUUACUUACUUUGGAAAUCCUUUAAAAUCUUCAAUUGAUUACUUUGACUGCCUUCUAAGAGAUUAUCACUCUAAUAUUCCUAUAAUUUAUUUAAAGUUGGUCAUUUCUGUUAUUUCACCAAUUGGAAUUAUAAUUCUAUAUAGCAUUGUCGAAGUUAUAAGUUAAAAGUGUAUUCAUAAAAUGAAGAAAUUUUAUAAAUAUUACAUUUACACUACUUUUAUAUUUUUAUUCAUCUACCUCUAGCCUGAUUUAGUUUCUCAGAUGAUAAGUCUUCUUUCUUGCAGAACUGUAGGUAAUACUUAAUAUAUAUUAGCAAACAUGAAUUAUGAAUGCUACGAUGAUCAGUAGCUUUAUGUUUACAAAAAGAGAUUUGGUCUUAACUAUAUUUAAACUAAUUUUAAAUAUGGAUUUUUAUAUUAAGAGUACAAAGAAACUGCUUAUUAUUGGGAAUUUAUAAAGAUAAUACAAAAAAUAUCAAUUAUUUUGGUACUAAAUUUUUACUCCUAAGCCAUAAAUGUCAAAGCUGUGCUAAUUUACUUGAUAAUUGUAUUUUAUGGAGUACUUUCUACUAGAGUAAAUCCAUAUUCUUUAGAUUAGCUCAAUUAAAUAGAUAGAAAUUCUACCAGAGUCUGUGCAUAUACUAUGCUUCUUUGUGGAUUUAUUUAUAACAACCCUUAUAUAUAUUUCUAAAUUGGAUGUUUUAUAAUAGUUAUUUUACUUAAUAUUUUGUUUUUAAUGCAGAUUAUUUACAGAAUAAUCUAAGUAAAGAAAGAUUUAUUGCUAAGUAAAUUAUAAAAACUAGAAUCUAAGUAUCCAGUUAUAUAAAGAUGCUUAUAGAAAUUUGGAAAGAAGAGAGCUUCUGAAAUAAAUCCUGCUCUAAAGUAAAAAUUAAGUGGAAUAUUUAAAAAGCUGACAACAGUAGAUAGGUCAUAAAGAGACAAGUUAUUUUUAACUCUAAAACUAAUGAAAGAUUAUUAAAGCUUAAGAACCACACAAGAUGAUAAACAGCUACUGCUUUUUAGUCCUUAACAGUCGAAUGCUUUAGAAUAAAUUAAUAAAGAUUUAAAGCUGUCUGAUAAUGCAACUUUUGUUGGUCUCAAAUAAUAUACUGCAAGUAUGAUUUGUAGCCCAAAUAUAAUAUUGGAGUGUUAGUAAAAAUAAAUGGUAUAAUAGCUCAGUUUAAGUCCUUAAUAGAUUAUGGGCGAUAUUCCUACUGAAAGAGCAAAUACUGAUUUGAAAUUAAAUACUCAUAUUUUCACUAGCGAUGAAAAACAUAAUUCAUUAAUGUAAAGUGAUGCAAUUGGAAAUAAAGAAGAAAAAGAUGAAAUUUAAUCUGGAAUUAUGGAUUUCAAAGACUAUAUUUAAAACUUAGAAUAAGCUAAUUUUCCUAAAAACUCCAUUGUAAACGAAUAGAAUACUUUUAAUAAAUAGCAGAAUUUGCAAAGAGAAAGCAAGGAAAAGAAUUCAGUUAGCAUUCAUCAUACUGAAGAGCCAUUACAGUACAAAGUUAAAGAAAAUUCUUAAUCUAAUUGA